UAUCAUUUUAAAAUCACGAUAAAAAAUGGGUUCCAUUAAAUCGUUAGUUUUUAAGAAGCAUUUGGCUAAGAAGAUGAAGCAGAAUCGCCCUCUGCCUCAUUGGUUUAGGCUUAAGACUGACUCCCGUAUUAGGUAUAAUGCCAAGAGAAGGUACUGGCGCCGCACUAAGCUUAAGCUUUAAUUCCCCAAUUAUAAUUAUUGCUUUCUG